ACAUGCCCAACUUGGCUAUGCAUUCAUGGGUAAAUACCCUUACUUUCAAUUAUAUCUAGAAAUAAAUAUAAGAAGCCAUCCAUUAACCAGUGCAUUUCCUCAACGCAUGGAUAUGAUCAGAACAUCGAUGAAGGUGGGAGGGGGUAAUUAGCUGAGUGUCAUAAAUGAGGAUCCAUGUGGAGAGCAUCCAAUGGUAGUAGUACAUGUUUGGUCUUAGCUGGCCCUACCACAAGGAAUUAAACUGGUGGGACGAUAGGGGUGGUUUCGUCAUUCCACAUAUCUACCGAUUAAGGAGUUUGAUACCUUGCUAUAUAAUGUACCUUGGCUCACAAGAGUUGGAGAGACAGUGCACAGACAUAUUACAUUCGACGGUAUAAUGGCCACAAAACCAGGAGUCCUCACCGAUUGGCCUUGGACACCCCUCGGGAGUUUCAAGUACAUCGUAAUAGCACCAUGGGCUGUCCAUAGCACAUACAGGUUUGUGACAGAUGAUCCAGAGAAGAGGGAUCUCGGGUACUCCCUUGUAUUCCCCUUCUUGCUCUUCAGAAUUCUGCACAACCAGGUUUGGAUCUCUCUGUCCCGUUACUAUACGUCCUCGGGAAAGAGGCGCAUCGUCGACAAGGGAAUAGACUUCAAUCAGGUCGACAGGGAGACCAACUGGGAUGACCAAAUCUUGUUCAACGGAGUGCUGUUCUAUACAGGCAUCUGCCUGUUGCCGGAGGCCAAGCAACUUCCCUGGUGGAGAACUGACGGAGUGUUGAUGGCAGCGCUUAUUCACGCCGGACCGGUGGAGUUCCUCUAUUAUUGGCUCCACAAAGCUCUCCACCAUCACUUUCUUUAUUCCCGCUACCAUUCCCACCACCACUCCUCUAUCGUCACUGAGCCCAUCACUUCGGUGAUACAUCCGUUUGCGGAGCACAUAGCAUACUUCGUGCUCUUCGCGAUACCGCUACUUACGACGUUGCUAACAAAAACGGCGUCCAUAUUUUCGUUCGCCGGAUACAUAAUCUACAUAGACUUCAUGAACAACAUGGGACACUGCAACUUCGAGCUAAUCCCUAAGCGCCUUUUCCACCUCUUUCCUCCCCUCAAGUUCCUCUGUUACACUCCCUCAUUCCACUCGCUGCACCACACGCAGUUUCGGACCAACUACUCCCUCUUCAUGCCCUUGUAUGACUACAUCUACGGCACAAUGGAUGAAAGCACGGAUACGUUGUACGAGAAAUCUCUAGAAAGAGGAGAUGAUAUAGUGGACGUGGUGCACUUAACUCACCUGACGACGCCAGAGUCCAUAUACCAUUUGCGCAUUGGCUUGGCCUCAUUUGCCUCCUACCCCUUCUCUUAUAGAUGGUUCAUGCGCCUUUUGUGGCCUUUCACCUCUCUCUCCAUGAUCUUCACGCUCUUCUACGCCCGCCUCUUUGUCGCUGAGAGAAACUCCUUCAAGAAGCUCAACUUGCAGUCUUGGAUGAUACCUAGAUAUAAUCUACAGUACUUGUUAAAAUGGAGGAAAGACGCGAUCAACAACAUGAUUGAGAAAGCGAUACUGGAGGCAGAUAAAAAAGGAGUGAAGGUGCUUAGCCUGGGCCUCAUGAACCAAGGGGAGGAGUUGAACAGGAAUGGUGAGGUGUAUAUCCACAAGCAUCCAGAAGUGAAA